GCCCCCAUCUAUCAGCGGCCAGUCUCACAUCAACAAUGACUGUCUUCGCUGAUUUCACAGGAAAACACGCCAGUAUUUCAAUAAAUAACCUGAAAAUGUAUCGCGUUUAACUUUUAAUCUAUGCAACAGAGCAGCGUCUAACACACACUGCAGAGCCUGCCGCUGACACAAGCACAAGCAGAGACAUCAUAAAACCAGACGCAUAGCUGGGAGAAGUGAGCAGUGGGUGUGUCUGCAAUGGCUGGUGGAAGGAGAGGGGCGAACCGAACCACGUACUGCAGACCUCCACUGAGCAGUGAACCAGGAUCGGUCAGCAAUGGCAACCACUCGACCAGCUCCCCGGUCACAGGGGUGCGAUCUCGUACAAGGAACGGUUCUGGGACGUGCAUGUCCAGCCCGCCGCUGGCUGCACAGACGGUGGUUCCCCUGAAGCACUGUAAGAUCCCUGAGCUGUCUGUGGAUCGUAAUGUGCUGUUCGAGCUCCAUCUAUUUUUCUGCCACCUCAUCGCCCUCUUUGUCCAUUACGUCAACAUCUACAAGACCGUGUGGUGGUACCCCCCAUCACAUCCUCCUUCACACACAUCACUGAACUUUCACCUUAUUGAUUAUAACAUGCUGGUGUUUACAGUCAUCAUACUGGCAAGGAGGUUAAUUGCUGCCAUCGUUAAAGAGGCAUCACAGAGUGGGAAAUUAUCCUUCCCCCAUUCAAUCUUCCUUGUGAUGGCUCGGUUUGCUGUGCUAACGCUGACAGGCUGGAGCCUGUGCCGCUCCCUCAUUUACCUCUUCAGGACCUAUUCUGUCCUCAGCCUGCUCUUCCUCUGCUACCCAUUUGGGAUGUAUAUUCCAUUCUUCCGGCUGAGCUGUGACUUCCGGCGAGCAGGUCCGCUCUCCCCCAUCGCCAGCAUCGGUUCCAAGGAGGUGGGCAGCGUGGGCCGGGGCCGGGACUACUUGACUGUGCUGAAGGAGACGUGGAAGCAGCACACUAGCCAGCUGUACGGCGUCCAGGCCAUGCCGACUCACGCCUGCUGCCUCUCCCCGGAUCUCAUCCGCAAGGAGGUGGAGUACCUGAAGAUGGACUUCAACUGGAGGAUGAAGGAGGUGCUGGUCAGCUCCAUGCUGAGCGCUUACUACGUGGCCUUUGUACCUGUCUGGUUUGUCAAGAGUACACAGUAUGUGGACAAGCGCUGGUCUUGUGAGCUGUUCAUCCUGGUGUCUGUCAGCACGUCCGUCAUCCUCAUGAGGCACCUGUUACCACCUCGAUACUGCGACCUGCUUCACAAAGCUGCAGCUCACCUGGGCUGCUGGCAGAAAGUAGACCCCUCGCUCUGCUCCAAUGUCCUUCAGCACAUAUGGACAGAAGAGUACACUUGGCCACAGGGAGUCCUGGUCAAACAUAAUAAGAAUGUCUACAAGGCCAUGGGUCACUACAAUGUUGCAGUGCCAUCAGAUGUGUCCCAUUAUCGGUUCUAUUUCUUCUUCAACAAGCCUUUACGAAUACUGAACAUACUCAUCAUCCUGGAAGGUGCCAUGAUAUUCUAUCAGCUCUACUCAUUGAUAUGUUCAGAAAAGUGGCACCAGACGAUAUCACUGGCUCUGAUUCUCUUCAGCAACUACUACGCCUUCUUCAAGCUCCUCAGAGACAGAAUAGUCUUGGGAAAGGCAUACUCGUACUCAAACAGCUCAUCGGACCAGAAGGUCAGUUAGGCUCGAGUUUAUUAUCGGUCGCUUUCACUUUGGAACAACACAAACAUGCCUAAGAGCUCUGUAUUUUUUCUACAAACUGCAUUUUGUGUCACGUUUUUGUUCUGAUCUGCCAUAAUAAAAAUAAAUAUUUUUGUAUUACUUUAAA